AUGAGCGAAACCCGACGACUGUGCCAGCGGGUCGACCAAGAAGUUCGAGCAGCGCCCAGUCGUCUGAAGCAGCUCUCUGUGGACGUGGCUAUCCUCGAGGGAGCGGAGGCGGACCCUGCUAGGCACGACCACUGCGGUCCGCUGUACCCCGUCAACACCCUGAGAAACUUGGCUCUACUACAGGCCCGGGACGACAGCCUUCAUCCCGCUCAAGCGGUAUUCCUGGUUGACUGCGACUGCCUGCCGUCAGAGCACCUGCUCGAGGAGCUCCAGUCGCACGAGGUCCAGGACAGACUCAACGCCGAGAGUAAUGCGAGGCCAGCGGCCGUCGUCAUCCCUUGUCUGGAGUUCGCGCCGGGCUCAGUAUCUGCCAGGGUAAGCCUUGCAGGAAUCCGACAAAGCUGA